CUGAGGCGAACAAAAAAAAAAUAAAACUGGGAGUCGCACCGCAAACGUUGCAAAGUUCGCAAGCGUUCCAUUCGUAACCGUAAUACUCACAGAUCUAAAAAUAUACAAAAAAAAGCUAUAAACAAUAAUAAUAGAUCGAAAAAAUUGGAGCAGAGUCCAGACUGAAGACCGAAACUGAGACUGAGAUUUGUCGAGAUUUCAGCGAGAUUUUGGAGACUAUGAUGGCUGGCAGUUUGCACAACACGCGCAUGCUGCGCUUCCUUUUGGUCCUCAUCGUGGUGAUACUCACUAUUUUCAUCUACGCCUCGUACUCGGCGACGGGGAACCUAUCGCCGAACCACAUACACCCAGCCGCGUCGCCGCCGCAGCAACUAAUCGGCCAGCAAAUACUCCAGAACGCCAAUAGCACAGACAAGGAGUACGGCCACCGACAGGCAGCCACCAAGGAGUCUGGCGGUGGCAAGAUAGUGAGCAUAAAGGCGGCGGAGAUCCAUGAGAUUCAUCGAAAACACUCGCAGCACCGACUGCCCACCAUCGACGAGGAUGCCCUGCUCGACGGAGGCUCUGCCGGUGCCAGUCCCCAGGUGGGAGGCCCCGAACUGACGCCAAAUAUCAUGGCGGAGGAGCUGCUGGAGGAGCAGCAGUAUGGCCAAAGCGUUGAUGGCGUUACCGGUAACAUCAACAGCAGCACCAACAACAACAACAUCAACAGCACUGGCAACAACACUGGCGACACGUUGCUUGUCAAACAAUCAGUUCCUGUCCCACAACAGCAACCACCUCAGUCCCCGUCCGAGCCGCAAGCCCAACCCGCCCCACCCGACACGGAGCUUCUCAUACCAACAUCUAAUUUACAAAAGUUCAUCGAGAACGCCGAUAAGAUUCUGAAGAACAUCACCUCGAGUAGCAGCAGCAGCACGGGCACUGGAGCUGUGGCACCCGCUACAGGAAAUGACCAGAACACAGAAAAGGGAAAUCAACCGGAGGUGGUGCAGAUGAAUUUGGCGGAUGGCAGGCUGGAAGUGUUUGAAGCCGAGUCCGAGAAAAAGGAGCUACAGCCGGCGUCGAAGGCGAUCCAGGAGAUCAAGGACUCAAAGAUCGAGACAAAGUCUGCGAAACCACCAGCACCCAUUGUAAGGACCACAAAGGGUGGCGCUGGCAGCAAGAGUCCGGCCAAGCAACCUAGUGCUCCCGUGGAUCCGUCGAAGGGAGUGCCCACCGAGCAGCUGUAUGAGCCAGGUCACCUGGACGACGAGAUCGACGCGGAGCGCAUUUGCCCGAAAAACGGAAAGUUUAUCAAGCUUCUGGUUCUUAUUAGCUCCGCAAUGUCUCACGAGGCGGCUAGAAUGUCCAUACGACAGACCUGGAUGCACUACGGCACAAGGAGGGACGUGGGAAUGGCCUUUGUCCUCGGCCGGGGCAACAAUGAGACUCUUAACAAGGCCCUGACGCAGGAGAACUUCAUAUACGGAGAUCUGAUACGGGGCAACUUUAUCGAUUCGUACAACAAUCUAACAUUGAAAACGAUCUCGACGUUGGAGUGGGCGGAUCUGCACUGUCCGAAGGCCAAGUACGUACUCAAAACCGAUGACGACAUGUUCAUCAAUGUGCCGAAGCUGCUGGCCUUCCUGGACAAGCACAAGGACAAGCGGACAAUAUACGGCAGGCUGGCCAAGAAGUGGAAACCCAUACGAAACAAAAAGUCAAAGUACUACGUGUCCGUGGACCAGUUUGCGGCGGGCGUCUUUCCAUCUUUCACGACGGGACCGGCCUAUGUCCUCACCGGGGACAUCGUGCACGAGCUGUACGUGCGAUCGCUGAAGACCGUCUACCUGAAGCUGGAGGAUGUCUUCACCACGGGCAUCGUGGCCCAGGCACUGGCCAUCAAACGUGUGCAGGCCAACGAGUUCGUUAACCGGCGCAUCUCGUUCAAUCCCUGCAACAUCCGCAACGCGAUCAGCGUGCACAUGAUCAAGUCAAACGAACAAUUCGAUCUGUGGAAGAAGCUGCUGGACCAGACCACCAAGUGUAAAUAGUAUUUUAAGUUUAGGGUUUAGUUCUUCGUCUUAAACGAAUCAAUAGGAAUCGGAAGUGUAGCAAAAAAUAGGGAGGUCUGCAAAUAUAUGUAAUAUGAUACGAGUAUAGAUUGUUUAGCAAAUGCAGCUAUAGAAUUAUAGGUAUAGUGUAGCCUCUAAGUCCUAGGAAUAUCACAAAUUUCGCAAUUUCAACCAUUGCGAAUACCUUUUAAAAGAUUCUAGUUUAAUUUUAGCAUUCUGAAUGCCAUUAUUUAAAUGAUAAUUACUGAGCGAUAACUGUGGUUAUAUCUUAACACUGAAUAUAUGUCUGUAUAUCGAGAGAAAA